CUAGUUGAGCAGUUCCUGGAAUGGCUGUCACGGAAAGUGUUUACUUGUACUUUAUUAUUAUUAUUAUUUUCAUUUUUAAAUAAAAUGGCUUAUUUUGCGAUAUGCAUGUUAUGAAAUGGCAGCGGGUUUUCUAGUCACGUUAUAUGAGUACUCGCCACUGUUUUACAUUGGUGUGGUUUCUUUAUGUUUCGUAAUAACCGCCGCCAUGGUGCUCGGCUGGUUUGGCUUUGAUGUCCCUGUGAUUCUUCGCAGCUAUGAGGAGACAGAGACGAUCAUACUAACACCUGAGAGACAAAUGGUUCAGGUGACCAAUCCCUUCACCUUGGUGUUGGGAUCUGGGCCAGCAUGUGUCAUUGGUGGUGUGUCAUUGAGGCCUUGCUGUCUAGAGCCCUGUAUCCUGAGCUGUUUCUGGGGCUGUGAGGUCAAUGCCCUGCAGGGAGCGCUGCAGGCCCACCAGCACGGCCCGAGGCUUAGUACUCCCAAACAUUUCCAGGAAGCACUACACCUCAAGUACAAACACUACCAGGUGUUCCAUAUCAGCAGGGAAAACAGAGAAGAACACUAUACACAGCUUCCUGCUGAUCAGGGCAUCACAGAUUUUGGGCCGCUGCCAAGAGAACGCUACCCUCUUGUGGCUGUACUAACUAUGGCAGAGGCAGAAGCCAGACGCACAUACAAUAUUGUGGCAAGUGUGACAGUUAUUCAUGUUCCUGAUGAAAAAUACAACCUUUCUGCACGAAUCCUCUUUCAGUACCUUCUCACUUCACAAGGGAACAUGUACGAGUUAAAGCCUCUCUUCAUGUCAGCUGACAGUGGGGAUAUGUCUGGCCCUCGUGAGUCAGACCAACCUAGUGAACCAAAUGAGGAAGCCAGCAGUGUGGAGCAGAGUCCAGUACUGGAGGAGGAGAACUGGGCAGAGGGGAUGGGCAGAGACUGUGUAGUCUGUCAGAAUGCAGAGGUAAACAGGGUGCUUCUGCCAUGCAGACACGCAUGUGUGUGUAACAACUGUGUGUCACACUUCCAGCACUGCCCCAUCUGCAGAGCCUUUGUCUUGGAGUCCUUUGCCCUGACACAAAUACCAGCAGUGGAGCAAUGACUCCAUAUUGAACCUAUGACUGUGAUGUAAGACAUACUACAAUACUGCUAAUCCAUUAUACUGCCUCCAGUAUUAAUAAAACUUCCACGCAAAAAUGCAGAAAUUGUCUCUUCCAACUGCAUGUUGACCAGGAUUUUGUUGUGUUAAUGAAAAUGUACCAUCUUUUUGGUAGUAAAAUCUCUGCAAUGUUGUUAAGUUAAAAGCCCACGAAUAGAAUAUUUUAUGUCGUUCUUGAAUGCACCCAUUAAAAAGUAAGUGAACUCUUGGAUUUUAAAACUGGGUGAACCUCA